ACUAAAAUUUAAUUAGUGUAUGUUGUACCCGUGAAACAAUAAUUCCGUUCUUACACGAUACACAAAUACUGUAAACCAACAAUAAUGAGGUUAUUCUGACAUUUCAGAUAAUAAGCUCAUGAGCGUGGUUCGAAGUUUCUGGUGUGAGUUGCGGCGGGCACCAACGCCCUGGCGAGAUCAUGACAAGGCCGGGUCCACCAAAUGAGAACCUGCCAACCGUGAAGUUGGUGGUGGUGGGAGAUGGUGGGGUGGGCAAGAGUGCUAUCACCAUCCAGUUCUUCCAAAAGCUGUUCGUGACAGAUUACGACCCCACCAUCGAGGAUUCUUAUAUCCAGCACACAGAGGUGGACGGCCAGUGGUGCAUCCUUGAUGAAUGUGAUGCCAGAAGCCAUAAAAACCGGCGAGCGUAUAUGAAAACAGUGUGUAAGAAGCGUGGAUGUAACGUCGACAGUACUGGACACGGCCGGGCAGGAGGAGUUCAGCGCGAUGCGCGAGCAGUACAUGCGCAAGGGGGACGGGUUCCUGCUCGUGUACUCGGUCACCGACCAGCAGAGCUACGAGAACAUCAGGCACUUCCACACGCAGAUCCUCCGCGUCAAAGACAGGGACACGUACCCGAUGCUGGUGGUGGGCAACAAGGUGGACCUCGUGCACGCGCGCGCCGUCUCCGAGGAGGCCGGCCGCGACCUCGCGCGCGCCCUCCACGCGCCCUACAUCGAGACCAGCGCCAAGGAGCCGCCGCUCAACAUCGACGCCGCCUUCCACGAGGUAGGUGCCGCACUGUCCCCCCUGUACGUGUCCCCCCGUCCCCCCGUCCCCCCGUCCCCCCGCCCCCCGCACUAACGGCCGUCGUGUGUGCAGCUGGUGCGCAUCAUCCGCACGCACCCGGCGCAGGAGCACAAGCCGCGCCGCCGCCGCCGCGCCUGCGCGCUGCUCUAGCGCCCGCGCCCCCGCCCCUGCCCCCGCCCCCCAGCAAAAGUGAACGACGCGGUCGUCGUCCUGACCGGCCUCGCCGAUCGCGAGCGCUGCAGAAGUUGAGCACCGCGGGCGAGGUGCGGAAGAUUUCUGGCGAACGUUUCAGAAAUGUUCCGCACCUCGCUCGAGGUUUCUGCCGACUGAUGAAGUAG